AUUAGCUUGCCAAACUCCAUGCCACAAAGUUUUCUGGCUGUGAUCAAACAUCUGAGAAGUCUUGUCACCCUAUAGGUCUUCUGCACAGGUGAGGCCCUCUCCUCUUGGUACAGACUAGAUGGGCUCAAACAGAAUCCAGAAGGCUGCAGGCCUCUCAGCCACAGGCACGCAGGUGGUACCCAGCAGAUACCUGUGGGGUACAGAUCAGCCCAUUUCUGUCCAUUCAUCAGGCACCCCAGCCUACAACACAAAUGAGGAAAUCUUCCUAGUAAGGAAUAAGCAGCAACAAACUGCAGAGGUUCCCUUGUCCUGGUUUUCACUUCAUCUUUUGGAAGAUGCAGUCCUCUUGGUAAGCGGAGAUCCCAGGCUCGAGCCAACGGGCUGCUUUGCCUCCAGGUGCUGUGAUGAACCACUUCCAGACCAUCCUGGCCCAGGUUCGGGCACUGCUCUCCAGCCACCAGCCGAAGCAGGUGCAAGCCUUUCUGGAUAGCCUGCUGGAGGAGGAGCUCCUGUCCAGGGAGUACCACUGUGCCCUGCUCCGUGAGCCAGAUGGUGAGACUCUGGCCAGGAAGAUUUCCCUGACCCUGCUGGCGAAGGCAGACCUGGACUUGGCUCUCUUGAGCUGGGCUUGGAGCCAGUUGCAGGACCCAACGGUGGAGAGGGGCCCUGGCUGCAAGGAUCAUGGUGGCAGUGGACAGUGUGCCACCAUGGAGCUGGCACCUCUGGAAGGUGGGUACUUGGAGCUUCUUAACAGCGAUGUUGAUCCCUUGCACCACUACCACUUGUAUGACCAAAUGGACUUGGCAGGAGAGGAAGAGAUCGAGCUCUGUUCAGAACCUGACACGGACACCAUCAACUGUGACCAGUUCAGCAGGUUGCUGUGUGACAUAGAAGGGGAUGAAGAGACCAGAGAAGCAUACGCCAACAUUGCGGAACUGGACCAGUAUGUGUUCCAGGAUGCCCAGCUGGAGGACCCAAGCAAGGACAUUUUCAUAGAGCACAUAGGACUGGAAGAGGUGUCCAGUGAGAGUGUGGAGGUGCUGGAGGAAGCAGGGCAGAGAAGUCAGAAGAGAUCUUUCCCAGAGGAGCAUCAUACAGACGUGAAGCACAGAAAGCUAGAUGAACCCUUCACUGGGCCCAUGGUGACUGGCAGCUUCCUGGUGGGGCCAGCCAGCUACUCCUCCCUGCUGUCCUGCCAGCCACCACAUGCUCUAUUCAAUCAGAUGCCAGAACCUGGCCAGAUUCAGCUGAGGGAAGCCAUGCAGGCGUCUGCGGAACCCCCCUCCUCGUCCUUGGUGAGCUGCGUUACUCUCCCUGCUGGGCCCAUUCAGUUCCUCUCCACGCUCCCCACUCUGUCCCAGGGGCUCUGGCAGGUGUCAGGGCUGGGCACAGGGGUCUCCAGUAUAUUUAUCUACCGUGGUGAAGUGCCCCAGGCCAGCCACACUCUCUCUUCCAGUGGCCCUGCUGUCAACAGCCUCCCAAAGUCCCCAGCCCGGCCCGGCUCCACCAGCCCCUUUGCUCCCUCUGCAGCUGACUUGCCCAGCAUGCCGGAGCCAGCCCUGACUUCCCGCACAGAUGUGACAGAGAAUGAAACAUCCCCUUCCCCAUGCCAGGCAGCUGCAGAGGACACCAUCCAGCUUCCUAAAUGGCCUGAGACCGUGAAGCAAUUCUGCCACUCACUGCAAGACUGGCACCAAGCCGAGCCCACAGGCCCGGAGGGCAUCAUGGUGGAGGUGGGUUUACUGAGAGCCCGGCUGGAGAAGGGCAGCCACAAGAGCCAGGAGAGGGAGCUGGCCAUCGUGGACUGGUCUGAGCGAAAGCUGGCCACUGGGGGUCUUGCUGAAGUGCUGCUGGCUGCCAGCGACCGCCGGCGACCGCGAGAGACCCAAGUGAUUGCCCUGCUUGGCAAGGCCGGGCAGGGGAAGAGCCACUGGGCACGGGCAGUGGGCCGGGCCUGGGCAUGUGGCCAGCUCCCACAGUAUGACUUUGUCUUCUACGUGCCCUGCUACUGCUUGGACCACCCAGGGGACGCCUACCGUCUACAGGAUCUGCUCUGCUUCCCAGGCCCUCAACCACUGGCCAUGGAUGACGAAGUCUUCAGCCACAUAUCCCAGAGGCCUGACCGCAUCCUGCUCAUCCUGGAUGCCUUUGAGGAACUGGAAGCUCAGGACAGCAUCCUGCAUAGUGCUGGCAGGCCUGUGUGCAAAGAGCCCUGCUCCCUCCGGGGACUGCUGGCCGGGCUCCUUCAGCGCCGGCUGAUGCGAGGCUGCACCCUGCUCCUCACAGCCCAGCCCCGUGGCCGCCUGGCCCAGGUCCUGGGCAAAGCUGAUGCCCUGUUCGAGGUAGCUGGCUUCUCCACUGAACAGGUCCAGACAUACAUAAGGCACUACUUCAAGGGCUCAGAUCACCAAGAGCGAGCCCUCAUGCUCCUUCAGGACCAGCCGUUUCUCCUCAGUCAUGGCCACAGCCCCACCCUGUGCCGGGCAGUGUGCCAGCUCUUGGAGACCUUGCUGCAGCGAGGGGAGGAAGCUGAGCUGCCCUCCACACUCACAGGACUCUAUGUUGGCCUGCUAGGCCAGGUAGCGCAGGAUAGCCCUCCAGGGGCCCUGGUAGGACUGGCCAAGCUAGCCUGGGAGCUGGGCCGCAGACACCAAAGUACCCUGCGGGAGAGCCAGUUCCCAUCAGAGCAGGUGAGGACCUGGGCUGUGACCAAAGGCUUGGUGCAGCCUAUACCACAACAGGUUCCCGGGGCUGCCGAGGCUGAGCUGGCCUUCCCCAGCUUCCUCCUGCAGUGUUUUCUGGGGGCCCUGUGGCUGGCCCUGAGCAAUGAAAUCAAGGACAAGGAGCUGCCACAGUUUUUAGCACUGACCCCAAGGAAAAAGAGGCCCUAUGACAACUGGAUGGAGGGUGUACCACGCUUUCUGACUGGACUGAUUUUCCAGCCCCGCGCCCUCUGCCUGGGAGCACUGGUUGGUUCUGCAGCAGCCACCUCAGCAGACAGGAAGCAGAAGGUACUCACCAAAUACCUGAAGCGCCUGCAGCCCAGGACCCUGCAGGCUGGGCGGCUGCUGGAGCUGCUGCACUGCACCCACGAGGCCCACGAGGCAGGGCUCUGGAUGCAUGUGGUGCGGGAGCUGCCCACACGGCUCUCCUUCCUGGGCACUCGGCUCACGCCUCCUGAUGCCCAUGUGCUGGGCCAGGCCUUGCAGGCAGCUGGCCAAGACUUCACCCUGGACCUCCGCAGCACAGGCAUUGACCCCUCGGGCCUCGGGAAACUUGUGGGACUCAGCUGCGUCACCCAUUUCAGGGCAGCCUUGAGUGACACAGUGGGGCUCUGGGAGUCACUGCAGCAGCGCGGGGAGACUCAGCUACUCCAGGCAGCAGAGGAGAAGUUCACCAUUGAGCCAUUUAAGGCCAUGUCCCUGAAAGAUGUGGAAGACCUGGGCCACCUUGUGCAGACCCAGAGGCUGAGGAGUUCCUCUAAAGACACAGUCCAGGAGCUCCCUGCUGUCCGAGACCUAAAGAAGCUGGAGUUUGCGUUGGGACCCACGCUUGGCCCCCAAGCUUUCCCCAAACUGGCAAGGAUCCUGCCAGCCUUCUCUUCUCUUCAGCAUCUGGACCUGGACUCGCUGAGUGAGAACAAGAUUGGGGACACGGGCGUCUCACAACUCUCGGCCACCUUCCCUCAGCUGAAGGCACUGGAGACACUCAACCUGUCCCAGAAUAGCAUCACGGACACGGGAGCCUGCAAGCUUGCUGAGGCCCUACCUUUGCUCUCUGCAUCCCUUCUCAGGCUCAGCCUGUACAACAACAGCAUUUGCGACGUGGGUGCUGAGAGCCUGGCACGUACACUUCCUCAGAUGGGGUCCCUGCGGGUGAUGGAUGUCCAGUACAACAAGUUCACAGCUGUGGGUGCCCAGCAGUUGGCUGCCAGCCUACGGAAGUGCCCUCAUGUGGAGACCCUGGCGAUGUGGACACCCACCAUCCCGUUUGGUGUCCAGGAACACCUACAUCAGCUGGACUCCCGGAUCAGCCUACGAUGACCUGCUGUGCCCAGGAUCAGAUGACUGGCACGCACUGUGAGGACACUGACCACGCUGGACCUUGGACUGGGUACCUGUGGGCAGAGCUCAUCUCUGGGCUGCACCCCCUGAGCCUCAGUGCCUGGCGCCCAGCCCCUGUGGGCUCAGGGCUGGCACUACCCAGCUGUGCAUGGACCCACAUCUUGCUGAGCAGGAAGACCUGGCCCAGCUGCAAGGCUCCUUCAGGCAGGGUAGACAAUAGCCUUUUCCAGCUGGUGAGUGCCAAGCCAGGUGUGGCCCACUCCAGAUGCCUGAGGCUGCAAACAUUCUUUGACAGCCAUGGCCAGGCCAGCACGAGGGACUUGGACUGCCACAUGUCUGCCUGCUUGGGCCCUGAUCAGCCUGGAAAGAAGGCCCUUCUCUAUGCCAGUCUCAACCAGACUGCUUGGCAGGGCCAGCUUGGUGCUUGAGGAUGCCCAUGGACAGCUCCCAAUCUGCUGACCACCAAAACCGACAGGGAUUCUGUGGCAGCUGCUAUCUGCCUGUGGCACUUACUGUUUGCACUAACUUUUGGCCAUGGUCAGAGCUGGACCUGGCCUGAAUUCUGGAUCAUAUCCAGGAUCAGUGAAUGGUUACACUAAGGGCUGAGGGGUGAGGAGAGAGCUUGGAACCCUGCCCCAUGCCCACCCUGAGCCUUUGCCUCCCCCAUCUUUUUUCACUACGUUUUAAAUGUCACAGUGUCAUGGGAAGGGCUGGAGCUUGGGUUUAUACCAUGAUUCUUGCUUUGAGGACCUACUGUUCUGGUUAUCCAAUGCAUCGUAAGCCAUGCCAAGGUACAGAAGCUUGAAAAAGGUGGGUCAUACUCCUGUCAUUUGGCUCAGCAGGGACAGCUCUCCUGUCCCCUUGGCAUUACCUGGGACAGCUUGAAGGCCUGGUUGAGCCAGGUGAUGGGAAGUCUUCUCCACCUGCGUGUCUGGCACCUGACGCUGCUGCUGGCUGGGGCCCUCGGGGCUCUAAGGAACAGCUGACUGGGCUUCCUCACAGCACGGUGCAGGAUGAUCAGUAGGAGGGAUAGACAAUCAGGUAGAGCAGAGAAGAGAGGAAGGGGAAAGAAGAGGAAAGAGGCCAAAAGGGACAGUUGAUGAGCUCUUUAUAGACUAGCUUUGUUCCUGCCAUGUUCCAUUGGCCAAUAUGAGAGGGCCACUUUCUCCUACUCCCUCCACUGUGUACACAUGCAUGCAGAGAGAGAGAGAGAGAGAGAGAGAGAGAGAGAGAGAGAGAGAGAGAGACAGACAGACAGACAG